AACACUUGCAACUCUGGGUUGAAGUAUGAAAAAGGCCAUGAGAGUUCUGGCACCAAAAAGUGCUCUUCCCUCCAAAAAGAAUAACCCCAUUUUUUCUCCACCCCCUAAACCUCACCAAUCUUACAGCAAAAUCAUCCCUCAGAAUCCGAAUCAAGCUGAAACCCAUUUCAUAACUCUCAUUCAUGCCUCCAAAACCAUCCUCCAACUCCAACAAAUUCAUUCCCAACUCAUUUUGCAAGCAAUGUCUUCCAACAUUGUGGGGUUGGGUGAUAAAUGGCUUGGUGGGAUGGUUCAUGGUGGAAUCUUGAAGAUGGGACUUGAGUUCGAUGGUUUUGUGAGAGUUUCUUUGGUUGAUAUGUAUGCGAAAAUGGAGUUGUUAAGUCUUGCGUUGCAGUUGUUCGAUGAAAGUCCUGAGAGAAAUAAGCUUGAUAGUGUGCUUCUGUGGAAUGUGGUGAUCAAUGGGUGUUGUAAAAGUGGGAUCUUGGAAAAGGCUGUGGAGUUGUUUGAGGCGAUGCCAGAGAGAAAUUUCGGGUCUUGGAAUAGUUUAAUUAAUGGGCUGAUGAGGAAUGGCAAGGUGGAUAAGGCAGUGGAGCUUUUCGAGGGGAUGGUUGAAAAGAAUGUGGUUUCUUGGACCACAAUGGUUCAUGGAUUGUCGCUGAAUGGGAUGCAUGAAAAAGCGUUGGAAAUGUUCUUCAAUAUGAUCGAGGAGGAGGGUGCGAGGGCCAAUGAUUUAACACUUGUUUCCGUGCUUUCUGCUUGUGCAAAAACUGGGGCACUUGAGGCUGGGAUGAAGAUUCAUAAGUAUAUUUUGAGCAACAAGUUUCGGUUCAAUGCAGCUGUCGGAACUGCUUUGAUAGACAUGUAUGCCAAAUGUGGGCAAAUUCAGUCUGCAAGUCAGGUUUUCCGUGACACAAAAGAAAAGGAUGUCCGUACUUGGAGCGUGAUGAUAUGGGGUUGGGCAAUUCAUGGAUCUGUUGAGCAAGCUCUGCAAUGCUUUGAAAAGAUGAAGCUGACAGGGAUAGAGCCCGAUGAAGUAGCUUUUCUUGCAGUUUUAACUGCUUGUUCACAUGCUGGGCUAGUAGAUGAAGGGCUUAAGUUCUUUGAUAGCAUGAAACUUGACUACUCCAUUGAGCCUACCAUGAAACAUUGUGCCGUAAUAGUUGAUUUAUAUGGCCGGGCUGGCCAACUCGACGAAGCUUUAAGGUUUAUUCAAUGCAUGGCAUUGACUCCGGAUUUUGUAAUUUGGGGCGCCCUUUUUUCUGCCUGUCGAGCUCAUAAAAACAUUGAAAUGGCAAAAUAUGUUUCAGAGAAACUCCUGCAGCUUGAGCCAAAACAUUCAGGCAGUUAUGUAUUUAUGUCAAACAUUUAUGCAGGGGUAGGGAUAUGGGAAGAAGUGGAAAGAGUGAGAACUUCAAUGAAAGAUAAAGGUGCAGCUAAAGAUCCGGGAUUGAGUCAUGUGGAGGUGCAUGGAAAACUACAUAGUUUUGUUGCUGGUGAUCAAGCUCAUAUGCACACAAAAGAGAUAUACUCAAAAUUGGAAGAAAUGACAAAUCGUGCUAGGGAACAUGGUUACAUUCCAGAGACUGAGUGGGUACUUCACAAUAUUGAAGAGGAAGAGAAGGAAGACGCAUUAGGAACCCAUAGUGAGAAGCUGGCACUUGCUUUUGGGCUCAUUAGGACGAGUCCUGGGGUGGUGCUUAGGAUUGUGAAGAACCUGAGAAUAUGUGGGGAUUGCCAUUCUCUGAUGAAACAUGUCAGUAAAUUGAGUCAAAGAGAGAUUGUGGUAAGAGAUAUAAAGCGUUUCCAUCACUUCAAGGAUGGAAUUUGCUCAUGCCAAGAUUAUUGGUAACAUGGUAAGAACACAAGAAUCGUGCUUCCAGGUGAUUCUGUUCAUGUGUCGUGAUGGCUCCAUGGAACUUCUAGUUUCUUGAGAGUGAAAUAGGGUUCAAACUAAUUUGUUUGGUGCUUUGCAUUGGAUAUGAACUGUUUCAAUCAUUUAUCAUGCCUGUGUUGAACAACAGCAUUAAUACAUAAUAGAAAUCUGUACAGAUAGCUGUGGUCCUGAGUGCAACUACAAAGCAACAAAGGUAUGCCUUUAGAGUAUAUUGACAUGCUGAUAUGGCAGAAAAAGAGUUAGGUAGAUUCAGUUCAAUACAAAGCCAAAUACAUUUAAAAUAAAGUCUAAUUAACCAAAAAAAAGGGAAAAAAAUUUGCUAAUGUUUGUAUGAGCUUCAUCAGAUUGAUGACUUGGAUCUUCUGCUCAAUACUAAGGGAUGAGCUAAUAACUGGGAAACACUCCAUCUCUUAUUUAAUUCCUUCUGCAAGUACAUUGGAUUAAGUCUUGAAAACUUUAUGAUGCAUGGUCUAAUAAGCUUGGAGGUUCUUCCAUGCUUAUCUCAGACAUGAGGGCUGUUGAUUCUGCUUUCUGUCCAGGCUUCAAGUAUGGAAUAUCAAAUAUACAGCUCCGCUGGCAUCAAGCCCAAGCUCCUUACAAGACUGCACAGGGAUUGCAACCAUAGGGAUACGGAUCAAACCUUUGUGGGCUGAUAUAAGCACAAGGACAUGCAUAAGUUUUGCAUGAAUCAUCUGAGCCAAUGAUCAAGUCCAGUGAGUGCUUGGAAAGCUAUGCUCCCGAUAAUGUCUUCAGUGAGUGAACCAUUGGUUUUGAAAAGAUUAUCCAGUGAGCCAGCAUCCAUGUACUCAAAAAGAAUCCCAACCUCACCUAUGGUUUCCUCAAAGAUGCCCUGGCAACCAACAACAGAAGGAGAGCUGAUUGAACGAUAGAUUUCAUAUUCUUUAUCAGGAUGACCACCCGGACGAUUUUUAGAGCAUAGAUUAUUGAUGUUUGCUUGUCACGUACUUUGUAAAUAAUACCUGUGCUGCCAAAGCCAAGGACCUGAAGUUUUUCAAAAUCAGAUUGAAGUGCAAUUUCUGGAGAAUUGGUUUUGAUGUUUGUGGUUAAAGGCUCAGUGAAAAAAGUGGGGAUUAUUUUCCUUUUUA